GCUGCAAACCAAGGCUCCGGCGCACUUGCGUAGUAGCUGGACGCGGGCGUUUCUUUCCUCCCUUUUUUUCGAAUGGGUCGUGAGGGGUAGAUUCGAGUUACAAAAUGGCGGCGUGGCGCGUGUGGGCCGCCGUUCUCCCAAAGGUCUCCUCCUGAACGGACGAUUCUCCCCCUCACUGCCCAACGCAGAGAGACGAGGUCCCCGAGGGACAUGGUGUUUGAGACUCAGGGCUUGCCGACCACCGAAUCCUUCGAGUCUCUCAGCGCACCGGAAGCGACCGGGCGCCGCUUCAGACCCGAGCGCCGCGGCCGCGACCUCGCACCUGCCCGCCGCUACGCACCCGGGCUUCGCCGCACCCACAACCUAGCGAGGGCCGCGGCUGCCGCCGGCGAGGUUCGAAAAAAUGGCCAAAAGAAUUGCCGAGAAGGAAUUGACGGAUAGGAAUUGGGAUCAAGAAGAUGAAGCAGAAGAGGUGGGAACAUUCUCCGUGGCCAGUGAGGAAGUCUUGAAGAAUAGAGCCAUAAAGAGAGCAAAGCGUAGAAAUGUUGGAUUUGAAUCUGAUAGUGGAGGGGCCUUUAAAGAUUUUAAAGGCUUGGUUGUACCUUCUGGAGGAGGAGGGUUUUCUGGAUUUGGUAAUGGUGCUGGAGGGAAGCCUUUGGAAGGACUGUCAAACGGAAACAGCAUAACUAGUGCCCCGCCCUUCUCCAGUGCAAGGACAGCAACCGAGACCAAGGCCACCUUCGGGUCUGUUGCUGUAAACGGCCCUACCUCCUUGGUCGAUAAAAAGAUUUCAGAUCCCAAAACUAAUGGCGAGAGUCAGCAGCCUGCCUCCUCUGGCCUUACCUCCAGUGCCGCCCGCCACAGGAAUGCCUAUCAUAAGCAGUUGGCGGCCUUAAACUGCUCUGUUCGGGAUUGGAUCGUGAAGCACGUGAAUACAAACCCGCUCUGUGAUCUGACACCUAUAUUUAAAGACUAUGAGAAAUACUUAGCAAGCAUCGAACAGCAACAUGGGAACAGUGGCAGCAGUAAUUCUGAAGGUGAAACCAACAAAAUAUCAGUUGAAACACAGCCUCCUUCCCUGUUUGGUUCAACAGAAUUACAGCAAGAGUCAACAUUUUUGUUUCAUGGCAACAAAACUGAGGAUACAUCUGAAGAGAAGGUGGAGGCUGUGUCUGAAAAGAACAAGGACCCGUCACUAGGAGCAACAAGUGCCUCAUUUAAUUUCGGCAAGAAAAUUGAUAGUUCUGUUUUGGGCUCCUUAAACUCUGGCCCCUUGACUGGAUUUUCAUUUUCUUCUGGAAACUCCAGUUUAUUUGGCAAAGAAAUUGCCCAGAGUAAACCAGUUUCUUCACCAUUUUCCGCUAAAACGUUGGCGAGCCGAGCAGAAGGUGGCGGUAACGACUGCAAAGGUGGAGAUGAAGAAGAGAAUGAUGAGCCACCCAAAGUAGUAGUUACUGAAGUAAAAGAAGAAGAUGCUUUUUACUCCAAAAAGUGUAAACUAUUUUACAAGAAAGACAAUGAAUUUAAAGAGAAGGGUGUAGGCACUCUGCAUUUAAAACCUACAGCUAAUCAGAAGACUCAGCUUUUAGUGCGGGCAGACACCAAUUUAGGCAACAUACUGCUCAACGUUCUCAUUCCUCCCAACAUGCCGUGUACUCGCACCGGGAGAAACAAUGUGCUUAUUGUCUGCGUCCCAAACCCACCCACUGAUGAGAAGAACGCCACCACCCCGGUCACCAUGUUGAUUCGGGUCAAAACAAGCGAGGAUGCGGAUGAGCUGCACACGAUUUUACAGGAGAAAAAGGAUGCCUGAGCGCACUUCGGCGGAGCGGUUGUUGCCCAUUGCUGCUCCCCCACCGCCCCUGAAACUUAGUUUUCUUCUCUUCCUGCUUUGACAUUCUAGGACUUAUAGAUAACUUAAAACUUUUGUGAGGAAGAUUAAUAUGGCCAAUAAAACCUUUAACGUUAAGUGUCAAGAAACUAUCCUCCCUUUUUAAGAACUGUCUAAUGUGUGAAAUACAUUUGAAAGGAAAUUUUUGGAAGAUUUUUUAUGUUCAUUUAUUAAACUAACCACAGGUGAUUUCUUAAUGGACUGAAA